GGCGGCGGCGGCGGCGGCGCGCACAAAGGCGGUUGUGGCUUCUCUGGUGCUCGCGGCGGGCGGCGCCGGGGCGGGGGCGGGGGCGGCGGGGCACGCCGGGUGUCCCCGCGGGCGCGGCGCGGGCGAUGAGCCGGGGCCCGGCAUGGCCUCUGCGCGGCCGCCGGGCUGGGCCUGCGCCUCGGCGCCCGCGCCCGCGGGGCUCCGGGUCGGGCCACCUGUCCCGCCCGCCGCCGCCUCCCCCGAGCCCGCGGGCAGCGCCGAGGCCGAGGAGCGCUCGCUGCAGCGCAUGCUGCGCGCCAUUGCGGAGGAGCGCGGCCGCCUCAGCCUGCGCCGCGAGGUCGGCGGCCUCGGCUGCUUGAAGGAUGACCGCAUCGCCUUCUGGACCUGGAUGUUCUCCACCUACUUCAUGGAGAAGUGGGCGCCGCGGCAGGACGACAUGCUCUUCUACGUGCGCCGGAGGCUGGCGUUCGCCGGCGCCGAGAGCGGGGGCGACGGGAGGAAGCCGCCCGAGGCCGAGGCCGAGGUGGAGGUGGAGGUGGAGGUGUACCGGCGGGACUCCAAGAAGCUGCCAGGCUUGGGCGACCCUGACAUUGACUGGGAGGAGAGCGUCUGCCUGAACCUCAUCCUCCAGAAGCUGGACUACAUGGUGACCUGCGCCGUGUGCACGCGCUCCGAGGGGGGCGACAUCCACAUCCACAAGAAGAAGUCCCAGCAAGUGUUUGCGUCCCCCAGCAAACACCCCAUGGACAGCAAGGGGGAGGAGUCUAAGAUGAGCUACCCCAACAUCUUCUUCAUGAUCGACAGCUUCGAGGAGGUGUUCAGCGACAUGACCGUGGGGGAGGGAGAGAUGGUCUGUGUGGAGCUGGUGGCCAGUGACAAAACCAACAUGUUCCAAGGGGUCAUCUUCCAGGGCUCCAUCCGCUACGAGGCGCUCAAGAAGGUGUACGACAACCGGGUGAGUGUGGCCGCCCGCAUGGCGCAGAAGAUGUCCUUCGGCUUCUACAAGUACAACAACAUGGAGUUCGUGCGCAUGAAGGGGCCCCAGGGCAAGGGCCACGCGGAGAUGGCGGUGAGCCGUGUGUCCACGGGCGACACGUCCCCCUGCGGGACGGAGGACUCCAGCCCGGCUUCGCCCAUGCACGAGCGGAUGGCCUCCUUCAGCACCCCCCCCACGCCGGAGCGGAACAACCGGCCCACCUUCUUCUCCCCGUCCCUCAAGAGGAAGGUGCCCCACAGCCGCAUCGCCGAGAUGAAGAAGUCGCACUCCGCCAACGACAGCGAGGAGUUCUUCCGGGAGGACGACGAUGCAGCGGACCUGCACACCGCCACCAACCUGCGGUCGCGGUCCCUGUCCGGCACGGGGCGCUCCCUGGUCGGGUCCUGGCUGAAGCUGAACAGAGCGGAUGGGAACUUCCUCCUCUAUGCACACCUCACCUACGUCAUGUUGCCGCUGCAUCGGAUCCUCACAGACAUCCUGGAAGUCCGGCAGAAGCCCAUCCUGAUGACCUAGCCGCGCGGAGCGCGCGCAGAGCCCGGCCCUGGAAGUACUGCCAAGUGCCUCGCUGUCCACCGCACCGGGGUCCGACAGCCAGCGCUGAGCCAGGGCCACUCCACGAACACCAGCCCAAACUGAAGUGCCUCUUCCUCUCCCCGCUGGCUCUGCUCCUGCCCUGCACCCGCCCACCGCCCAGCCCGACCCUGGAGAGCCCUCUGCACCCAAAGAACCGCAGACGCCCGAGGCCAGAGAGCGCCAAGGAGCGGCCAGUGCGUCCAGACCCGCUGACCGCUCAGAGGCGGAGACCGCCCAGCGGGCGCCCCUGUGCCCACAGUCCGCGCUUCCGAAGGAAGCAGCUAAGAUUUUGCAGUUCCGUGCCAUGAACCUCAGCGUCCACAUUGGUCCCGUGUCUGUCCUCCCCAGCGUGGUCCUAACGGGGCCCCCUGGGGAGGUGGACGGUGCCCCCUGGGCCGGGAACGUCACCCACACCCGCUCCCGGGAGGCCUCGAGCUCGGCAGACAGGCCCGGAUCCCGCCAGAACGGCCUUCGCUUCCAGCCAAAGAGCACCGCCCACCGCUCCCGCCGGGAGAGCCCAGAACGCGGCCGCGGACAGGGGGGGGCUCGGCCCCGGCAGGAGUGGCCGGUGGGUGGGGGUGGCCUGCCCCCAGGAAGGGUUCCACCUCGGGCUCUCUGGAGAUGGCCGCCCGUUUCUCAGACCAGCUCACUGAGGCCGAGGGGAACCGGCUUCCAUGCGGCCAGUACGGUCAGGUGUGGGUGGCACACGAGCCCCGGGUUUGCCCUGGCCUGGUGCCAGCCAGGACCUCCGCCUGUGAGGACCACGUGCUCUGAGCCGAGCCCUCUGGGAGAGCCGGCCAGCCCUGGCGGCAGUCACUGGCCUCUGCUGCCGCGUGGCUGAGUCUAAAGUCUCUGGAAACACGUGCUGGUCCUGCUGGCGGCAGAGGCCCCGGGGCAGGAAAGGAAUGGAGGGCUUGUUCCAUCGGUUUCCAUUCUGUGCUCCAGGGUGUGCGCUGGCUCCGGAACAGGGACUCCUUGGGGCUUUCUCUACAUUUUGUAUGCUGUUAUUAAAAGCGAGCUGUUGCAUUUCA